AUGAAUUCAAGUAUUUUCAAUAGAAAUGAAUUGAAGAUAAAUCCAUAAAAUAUAUCAAAUAAUAUAGUUGAAAUAUUUAUAAAUUUGAAGAACGAAUCAAUAUUUUGGGAUGAGAUAGCUCUUAAUAAUUCGUAAUAUUAUAAAAUUUUAUGAUUUUAGGUCUUUGUAGAGAGAAAUUUUAAAUUAAUUGGGAUAAAAAUUGAAAUAUUAAAGAUAAUUUCCUGCUUAUAAAAUAGAAGAAUUUUAUAAAAUUUUGGAUAAUUUGGAGUAUAUUAAGAGUGAUUACAAUUAAAUAAUGCUAGAUCUUUCUAAGGAUCGUAGUAGAGAAGAGAGAUAUAUUGAUUGUCUUACAAAUCUAUUAAUGAGUGAUCCAGUGAUGCUGCCAAAUUCAAAAGUAUGAAAGUUAAUAGAUAAUAAUUAGUAAAUAGUGGAUAGAGUGACAAUAAAAAGAUUAUUAAUAAAAAAAUAGGAAGAUCCAUUUGAUAGAUCCUUUUUAAGUGAAGAUAUGCUUGUAGAAUAAAAUGAAUUAAAAUAAGAAAUAAAAUAAUAUAUUGAGUCAAAAAAAUAAGAAAUGAGACUAUUAAGGUAGGGUCAAUAAUAAUGA